AUGGGAAACUGUGGGACGAGGGAGGAAUCAGCUGUGGUAACGAAUGCUCAAGUUCAGCAGCUGAGCACUCUGUCUUCGUCAGUGAAGAACGGCGAGAAGAAGCAGAAUCACAGCCGUUCGAUUUCAGAUCUGAGCGAUCCUUCAACCCCACGCAACUUCGAGGAUGCGCGGAAGAAUGCGGUGCUGUACACGCACGUCAUCGCCUUCACCCUCUUCGAGCUCGAGACCAUCACCAAGAGCUUCCGGUCCGACUACAUUUUGGGGGAAGGUGGGUUCGGGACAGUGUACAAAGGCUACAUUGACGAGAAUGUGAGGGUUGGGCUCAAGUCUCUGCCCGUCGCCGUCAAGGUCCUCAACAAGGAGGGCCUUCAGGGCCACCGCGAAUGGCUGACGGAGGUCAACUUUCUCGGUCAGCUCCGCCAUCCCAAUCUCGUGAAAUUGAUUGGAUAUUGUUGCGAGGACGAUCACAGAUUGCUUGUUUACGAGUUCAUGUUUCGAGGGAGCCUUGAGAAUCACUUGUUCCGGAAGGCAACUGUUCCAUUGUCGUGGGGAACGAGGAUGAUGAUCGCUCUGGGAGCUGCCAAGGGACUUGCUUUUCUUCACAAUGCUGAAAGGCCAGUUAUUUACCGGGACUUCAAGACUUCUAAUAUCUUGUUGGACUCUGAUUAUGCUGCCAAGCUCUCUGAUUUUGGGCUUGCUAAAGCUGGACCCCAAGGGGAUGAAACCCAUGUAUCAACUCGGGUUAUGGGUACCUAUGGAUAUGCAGCCCCUGAAUAUGUAAUGACUGGCCACCUGACUGCCAGGAGUGAUGUAUACAGCUUUGGAGUUGUUCUCCUUGAGCUUUUGACAGGAAGGAGAUCUGUUGACAAGACGAGACCGAGCAAGGAGCAGAACUUGGUAGAUUGGGCACGGCCGAAACUGAAUGACAAGAGAAAGUUGCUACAAAUAAUUGACCCUAGGCUGGAUAAUCAGUACUCAGUUAGGGCAGCACAGAAAGCCUGCAGCUUGGCAUACUAUUGUCUCAGCCAAAACCCCAAAGCAAGGCCCUUAAUGAGUGAUGUAGUUGAAACUCUAGAGCCUCUACAAAGUUGUAACGAACCAAGUGAAUCAUCAACGGGUGGACCAUUUGCGAUGAGCAGAAUCCCUGAUUAUCGAAUGCGUCACAGGUUUCCUAACAAUGUAGGUCCAGGUGCUGUUUGUCGAUCCCCCAACCCAAACUAUUCGCCAGGAGGUCCUGCAGCAUGCAGAGUUAGAUGA